UUGGCGUUGACACCGAGCCGCUUCAUAAUGUCAAACGGAAUAGUAUUUAUUUGUUACUUAAUGCUCUGUAAAGGACAUUUUUUAUUUUUAUUUGAACCAAAUAGUGGGCUUUUGACAUUUAUUGUGACGAGCAUCAAGGUGAACACCAUGUGGGUCUUCGGCUACGGCUCCCUCAUUUGGAAGGUUGAUUUCCCUUAUGAGUUGAAAAGAAUAGGUUACAUUAAAGGUUUCAGCCGUCGCUUCUGGCAGGGGAGCACCGACCACCGGGGAGUGCCGGGGAAACCUGGCCGAGUCGUGACUCUCGUUGAGGAUCCUGAGGGCUGCGUUUGGGGCGUGGCCUACAAGCUCCCCACGGGCCGCGAGCAGGAAGUGAAGCGCUACCUGGACUACCGGGAGAAGGGCGGCUACCGGGUCAUGCCCGUGGCCUUCCACCCCAGACGGGACGACGGCCUCACCCCCGCCCAGACGCUCCUCUACAUCGGCGCGCGGGACAACCCCGACUACCUGGGCCCCGCCCCCCUGGAGGAGAUCGCCGAGCAGAUCGUGGGCUCCAGGGGGCCGAGCGGGCAGAACACGGAGUACCUGUUCCAGCUGGCCCACGCCGUCAGGAGCAUCCUGCCCGAGGACAAGGACGCGCAUCUGUUCUCGCUGGAGACCCUCGUGCGGCAGAAAGUGGAGCGGGAAUAACAACUCCCAAGGUGACAAUGGAGAUCAGGGGUUCUCCAUCUCUCUCUACUACACCAGUGUUUUUCAACCACUGUGCCGAGGCACACACGCCGUGGGAGAUGAUCUAAUUUCACCUAUUCUGGCUAAAAAUAUUGCUAUGGGAGAGUGUAAUACUCUUCCAUAGCAGUAGGUGGCAGCCGGUAGCUAAUUACUUUGUAGAUGUUGGGAACAGCGGGAGGCAGUGUGCAGGUAAAAAUGUGUCUAAUGCUUAAAGAAAAAAUAAACAAAAGUAGAGUGCCUCUAAAAAAAAAAAGGCAUUGAAGCUUAGGGAAGGCUAUACAGAACACAACUAAAACUGAACUGGCUAUAAAGUCAACAAAAACAGAAUGCUGGACGACAGCAAAGACUUACUGUGGAGUAAAGACAAUGUACAUCCGAACAUGACAUGACAAUCAACAAUGUCCCCACAAAGAAGGAUAAAAACAACUGAAAUAUUCUUGAUUGCUAAAACAAAGUACUGUAUUUUUCGGAGUAUAAGUCGCACCUGCCGAAAAUGCAUUAUAAAGAAGGGAAAAAACAUAUAUAAGCCGCACUGGAGUAUAAGUAGCAUUUUUGGGGGACAAUUUUUUUGAUAAAACCUAACACCAAGAAUAGACAUUUGAAAGGCAAUUUAAAAUAAAUACAGAAUAGUGAACAACAGGCUGAAUAAGUGUACGUUAUAUCAGUGGUCCCCAACCUUUUUGUAUCCGCGGACCGGCCAACGCUUAAUAAUUUGUCCAGCGGCCCGGGGGUGGGUGGGGGAGAAUCGUUUUUUUUUUGUUUUUUUUUUCUUUAUCAUGAAAAGGUGAGUUUUUUGUGGUUGGUGCACUAAUUGUAAGUGUAUAUUGUGUCUUUUAUGUUGAUUUAAUUAAAAAAAAUAAAAAAAAAUGAAUAAAAAAAAAUUCUGCGGCCCGGUACCAAUCGGGCCACAGCCCGGUGGUUGGGGACCACUGCGUUAUAUGACGCGUAAAUAACCAACUGAGAAGGUGCCUGGUAUGUUAUGGUAAGAGUCAUUCAAAUAACAAUAACAUAUAGGGCAGGGGUGUCAAACUCAAAUACAGAGUGGGCCAAAAUUUUAGAGUGAACUAAGCCGCGGGCCAAGGUUGAACAAAUUAACCUUUUAACAGGGACCCAAACAAGUUUUGAAUUGAAUAUUGAACGAGCAAUGCUUGUAUAACUUUAUGUUGACAUGUAAAAUCGAUUUUCAAAUAAUAAUAAUAAUAAAAUAUCAAUGGUAUAUUAAAUAAAAUGGAAAUAAAAAAUUGAAUGCCUCUUUCCUAUUUGCAGCUUUCUGAUGUAAAUAUCAACAAUAACUUGGCGGGGUUUGGUGGUAGCGGAGGGGUGUAUAUUGUAGCAUCCCGGAAGAGUUAGUGCUGCAAGGGGUUCUGGGUAUUUGUUCUGUUGUGUUACGGUGCGGAUGUUCUCCCGAAAUGUGGUUGUCAUUCUUGUUUGGUGUGGGUUCACAGUUUUGAAUUGAAUAUUGAACGAGCAAUGCUUGUAUAACUUUAUGGUGACAUGUAAAAUCGAUUUUCAAAUAAUAAUAAUAAAAAAAUAUCAAUGGUAUAUUAAAUAAAAUUGAAAUAAAAAAUUGAAUGCCUCUUUCCUAUUUGCAGCUUUCUGAUGUAAAUGUCAACAAUAACUUGGCGGGGUUUGGUGGUAGCGGAGGGGUGUAUAUUGUAGCAUCCCGGAAGAGUUAGUGCUGCAAGGGGUUCUGGGUAUUUGUUCUGUUGUGUUACGGUGCGGAUGUUCUCCCGAAAUGUGGUUGUCAUUCUUGUUUGGUGUGGGUUCACAGUUUUGAAUUGAAUAUUGAACGAGCAAUGCUUGUAUAACUUUAUGGUGACAUGUAAAAUCAAUUUUCAAAUAAUAAUAAUAAAAAAAUAUCAAUGGUAUAUUAAAUAAAAUUGAAAUAAAAAAUUGAAUGCCUCUUUCCUAUUUGCAGCUUUCUGAUGUAAAUGUCAACAUUAACUUGGCGGGGUUUGGUGGUAGCGGAGGGGUGUAUAUUGUAGCAUCCCGGAAGAGUUAGUGCUGCAAGGGUUUCUGGGUAUUUGUUCUGUUGUGUUACGGUGCGGAUGUUCUCCCGAAAUGUGGUUGUCAUUCUCGUUUGGUGUGGGUUCACAGUGUGGUGCAUAUUUGCAACAGGGUUAAAAGUUGUUUAUACGGCCACUCUCAGUGUGACCUGUAUGGCGAUUGGCCAAGUAUGUCUUGCAUUCACUUGUUUGUGUGUAAAGUCCGCAUAUAGUAUAUGACUGGGCUGGCACAAUGUUUGUAUGGAGAAAAAGCGGACGGGACGACAGGUUGUAGAGGACGUUGAAUGCAAUGAUGUUGUUUGGGUGGAAAUCGAGAGAAAUUCGGGAGAAUGGUUGCCCCGGGUGAUUUUUGGCAAGGGCACUGAAAUUCGGGAGUCUCGUGUUAUAAUAACGGCGGGCCAGCUCUAAUGUUAAUUUGAUAUUGCCUCAAGGGCCAAUUUAAAUAACACGGUGGGCCAAAUUUGGCCCACGGGCCAGAGUUUGACACCCAUGAUAUAGAACAUGCUAUAGGUUUACCAAACAAUCCGUCAAUCCCGAUCGCUAAAUCCCAUGAAAUCUUAUACGUCUAGUCUCUUACGUGAAUGAGCUAAAUAAUAUUAUUUGGUAUUUUACAGUAAUGUGUUAACAAUUUUACACAUAAGUCGCUCCUGAGCAGGGGCGUCACUAGACCUAAUACUUUACUGGGGCACACCUGGGGCACAAAUAAUUCAUGUGAGCGUGCAAAGCGCGCAAGCAAAAACAUUUUUAGCACUUAUUUAUCAUAAAAAAAUACAUAAAUAGUGCUUUAAACUAUGAAAUCAUAUCAGAUGAUGUUGUAUGGAUCUUUGAUGAACCACCUGAAAUUAACUCAUGCAUUUGACCUACUUGUGCACUUUUUUACUCCAGACUUCUAAACUGCUACUGGUAAAAUCAAAAAGGAAGAGCAAUGAAUCUUUUGGAAAUAUAUAUUGCAGUAAUCAUCUGCAAAUUUAACAUCUACAAAAGUAAAACCAAAAAUAAAGCAGCCCUACAUCUCUGGGUUCUUUUAUAUUAUUUAAUUUCCAUUUAUGGCAAUGUGGCUAAUCCUAUUUCAGAUACACAAAACUAUAAAAUAUACACAAAACAAUAAAGCCACAGUAGUAGAAUAAAUGAACAACUGUUGUGUGUCUGUUCAGGGAAUCAUUUUCUGAGAAGUAAACUGGAACGUCUCCUUUUCAUUUUUGCAAAGUGGUCAAUCACUCUGGACAGACAUGGAAAUAUUACAGGAACUGUUAUACAGUUGACCAGUGGUUCCCAACUGCUGGCUCCUCACAUAAAAGUGGAUUGUGUGUCAUUUUCAGUCAGAUGUGUGCAUGAAAAAAAAAAAGUUUAGGGAGAAAAAAAUCAAAAUGUGGAUAUUUUUAGCCAUUUUUCUAGUGAUUAUUAGUGAGUAUUUUAGCAAAAGGCAAAGCGACUAACAAGUUGGAGGAGGACUCAGGACAGACAUGGAAAUAUAUUUUUUUAAAAUCUAAAUGGGGCAACAAAACCCGAUAUUUUCAGCCAUCUUUCUGAAAACAAAUACAGAAAUGUUACUAUUUUUUCUGGAAACAAAACCAGAUGCUUUAGCUGUAGCCAUUUUUCUGGUGACAAAACAAGAUUAUUUUAGUCAAAGUCGCACCGAUUAACAAGACAAGUCUACUGUGCUAUUUUUCUGUGAAAUAAACUUGAAUGAUUUAAAAAUUUG